AUGAAAAAUUUUACCGAAAUCUCACAUGAAUGGAAUAUAAGCCUAGAGUUGAAUGGAAACUUCUGCACUAAUGUCACUCUUCUGGAGGAAGAGCACAUCUUAAGUCAGGACGCAGUUUGGUACGGUCUGCCGAUAGUUUAUUUUGUUUCCAUUCUUCUUGCAACGUGCGGGAACAUCUUUUGGAUCAUCUUCUUGUGGAGGUCUUCCAGAGGCAGGCGGUCGUCCAAUGUUUUGCUCAUCAUGAACCUCGCGUUCUGCGAUUUGCUCAAGUCAGUGUUGGUUGCUCCUUUGAGAAUGGUCGAACUUCAUUUGUUUAAAAACCAAGAGGCCACAUAUCAUACAAUCAAUAUCUGCUGCUUCAUAAACUGCUUCGAAUUAUAUUUAUCGUUUGUGGGAUUUCACACGGUGAUGGCCAUCAGCCAGGAAAGGUUGUGCAUAAUCUGUUUCCCUUUCUACGCACGGAAGUGGCUCAAUCAGAAUGUAGCUCUGGCAACGAUAUUCCUGAUAUCCGCUAUUUCACUGGCUACAUCCUUGCUCUAUUCUUUGUUUUAUUCGCAAAUAGUAAUCGUUCAUCCAACUUGCAAGACUGCUUACAACGUGUGCUCGUACACAUUCGUUCUUUCCACCAGCAGAGCCUUGGGAGCCAGGUAUUUUACACUCGCAGUAACCAUCUUCUACUACAUCAUUCCAGUCAUCGUCGUGUCAAUUUCUUACGCAAAAAUAGUUGUUAGUUUAAAAAAGACAAUUGAGAUGUUGAAACGUGAUGUAUUCGAUGGACAAAGCAAUCAUCCAGGAAGAGACAUCAGAUCAAAAGAAAUUAUGGCUAAAGCUUCUAAUUCUGCCGACAAAAAAAGUUCAGACAAAAAUUCAACCUCAAAAGGUUUUUCAAAUAAGCAAGAUGGGGCCCCAUUGAGACAUUCAGUAAAAAGCACGCUGAAAGUCAUAAAAAGUCGCAAGUCUCUUAGUUAUUUGAUGAUCAUUGUAGCAGUUUGUUUCACUAUAUGCCAUGGACCGUUAAUUUUCAUGAGCUUGUUCAUGAGUUUUGGAUACAGGAUGGAUAACAACACAAUAUUUGUUUUAAUUUUAUUCAAAUGGCUUUCAGUCGUCAGUUCUGUGAUCAAUCCAAACGUUUAUUCCACUAAUAAAAGAGCGUUCAGAAGACAAUGA